CCAGGAAGAACAGUACAUGGCAUUGCAUGCACUGAAGCCACCGGAUAACAGUGCAGUGCAUUGCUUACUACUGGAACAAGACCCAUUUUCAAUUGAAGUGUCGUAAAUUGCAAAUCAGCUAAAUUUGAAAAUGCUUUCAAGUGCCGUACAUUUGCAAGACGUAUGUGUGACUGAUCUGUUUCCGUUUUUUUUUUUUUUUUUUUUGAAAUGGCAGUGCCACCUCAGCUGAACUACCUCAUCAACACACUGUUUCUGUUGGCACGCCAAAAGCCACAACCAUAGUCGGUGGCUAGUUAUUUUUCUUGCUGUGGUUUCGGGCGAGGGCUGCCUUGUUUUUCUGUUACAAUGAAACUGAGAAAAGCCUGCACGUGGUUGGCGCUUGCCCUGCUGUCCUUGAUGUUAAGCACAUAUAUGGUAUUGCUAUACUUUCUGGACUUGCCCAAACUGACAGGAAACAGCCAUGGCUGGCAUCGAAACAUUUCAAUCCUGCUGUGGCACUGGCCCUUCAACCGCCCCUACCCGCUGGAGGGAGAUGUCUGCCUCGAUAUGUACAGCAUUCCACGGUGUCUACUCACCGACAACCGCUCGCGCUUUGACCAGGCGGACGUGGUGGUUUUUCAUCAUUAUGAGCUCGAAAUGGCCCACCAGAAACUUCCGUUGCACCUGCGGCGCCCGCCGGCUCAGAAGUGGGUUUGGUUGUCGCUAGAAUCUCCGGCGAUGAAAAAUAUCAGUGCAUACAACCACCUGUUUAACUGGACCAUGACCUACCGGCAGGACGCGGAUAUAUUCAUGCCUUACGGGAGGAUGAUUCCUCAAAGGACAAACGAAAGUUUCCUCAUUCCAAAGCACCGCUCGUGUCUCGCCAGCUGGGUCGUCAGCAACUACAAUAGUCACCACAACAGAUCUCGUGUGGUCCUUCAACUGCGUAAGCACAUUCGCGUCGAAGUCUAUGGCUCGUCUUACAGGAGGCCUUUGGCUAGAGAGCAAUUGCUGCCCACCAUUGCCCGCUGCCAUUUUUACCUGGCCUUUGAGAACGCCAUCUCCAAAGACUACAUCACAGAGAAGCUGUGGAGGAAUGCCUUCCAAGCUGGUGCGGUGCCCGUGGUUUUGGGACCACCUCGGUCUAACUACGAGGCGUUUGUGCCUCGUGAUUCUUUCAUCCAUGUUAAUGACUUCAACAGCACUGAAGAGCUGGCCUCCUUCCUCAAGAGGCUGGCUACGGACAAAGCCCAAUAUGAGUUGUACUUCAAGUGGCACAAAGAGCAUGCCAUUCACGUGUACUCAGACUGGAGGGAAAGGCUCUGCCACAUCUGUAAACGCUAUAAUGAGCUGCCCUCUUUCAAAGUCUACCAUGACCUACAAGGCUGGGCCUGGCAGUGAUAUGAUUGGAAUUCAAAUCAAAUAAUCGUGUGUAUAUGCCACUGUGGUGUUUUUGACAUGGAAAACAUAAAGAGAUUUUGUCAUGAGUUUGUCAUUUGUCAAUUUCGUUUGAUUAAUGUCUAAUGAUACUACUAAGACCACAAGUAAAAACCCACAAAUCCCAUGCACAUUACAUACUGUAAGUGUUCUGAAGGUUAUUACAGAAUAGCUUGCUUGAGGUUAACCAUGCUUGUUCCCUGGUUAAGAGCCCGUAAAACAUUGUUACCACUAAAGCAGAUCCUCUCAGUAAAUGUUGGACAAGCUGUAUUCAAAUUUGAAUAAUAAAUACAGAUAACAUGAAGUAACCAUUACUUUUGAAAUGUAUUAUAGUUAUGCGAAGAUAAACGCAAGGGAAGUUGCUCCUAAAGCGUUGUUAUGGUUAGUCAGUGCAGAAAUGAAUUGUUGAUGAAGAGGUAUGGUAAAUGUAGACAUGAAACCAUUAUUUUUAAUUCAUUAUUUAAAUUAAUUUGCCCAUGAGUUUAGGGUUUAUCCAUGCUAACGCAUGGACCAGUAGGCUAUGUACUGGGGCAUCAUGUGGUAAAAAAUAUCCCUGUUUUGUGCCAGUGUGAAAAUGA